AUGAGCUUAGCUCGCAAUAUCAACGCAGUGCGAUUCACGGGCGACGGAACACGGAUCCUCGCGACGACGACGGCGCGUCGGCUUGCCGUCAUUGACAUAGAACACGGAGAGCAGCUGAUGUCCUACGACAACUGCGCGUUCAACGGCAGGGAUCGCACGGGAUUGGCUGUCGACCCGAUCUGUCCCAACAUGGCCGUCUGCUGCUGCGUGAACGGGAAGGGCUUGACCUUGUUCGACCUUCGGAUGCCUCUGCCUCUCGACUUCAUAUACGAUCUUCAUCAGAACAUCAUUCGAGAUGUAACCUUCCUCAAUAACAGUUGGCCUUGGGUCAAAGGUCAGAAUGCACUCAUGUCUGUGUCCACGGAUGGAUUGUGCAAGGUGACAACGUUGGAUGGGAGGAAUCUGCACAGCAUCGAUGUGAAACACUCGUGUAGCACGGUGACUCCGACCCCGGAGCUGUACGGCUCCGCCGCCGACGAGGGCUUCUCAAGUGUGGUGAUGCUGGGCGGGGAUGUAGUAAGUGCCUAUGUUCCCGAUGUCGGAGUCAAGAAACCCUUACGGACCCACGGAGAAACAUUCAUCUGGAAACUCAGGUACACAUCCAACGGUAGCACCUUAUAUACUGCCUGUGAUAAAGGCGUGGUGAGAAGGUACCGGAGAUACCCUGACCAUCACGAAUAUUUGGGGGACGUCUACACUCACAGAAACGAUAUCGAGGGAUAUGGACAUCUCCCCCUAUGAUGAGUACUUGGUGACGGCGUCUAAGGAUCGCAGCGUUGGGAUACUGAAGCUGGGAUCGCCGAACCACGGAUGGACAGAGUACGGAGAACUAACCUGAGUCACCGGCAACGCCGCGCGUACGCUGGCGCGGAAUAGGCAAUUAGCGAGUAAAGUGAUCAAGACUUAACGAACCCGAGCAUCGGCGCUCUCGCCUCUCGUUUUGUCGUGCGAAACAUAGAGGGCGCCGCGAGAAAGACGUUAAAUUGUCGUUUGCGUAUAAACGGGCGAUAACGGAUGUUGUUAAUUGGAGGAUGCAGGGACCACGCGGCGUGUUGUUACAGCGUGCGCGUGUGUAGGGAAGAUGUGCAACUCUGCCGCGGAGUGAUGCCGGCGACAUCUAGUGGUGACCACGUGAACUGUUAAGCCAGUCUUCUAACAUAAGCAACUCGCGUUCAUCCCGUGAUACGUACUCGCUGGAAUCUUCUCUCGCUGACGAACGGGACUAGGUGGCGCCACCGCAGCUAUCGCGACGCGAGAGGACGCGUUUACCAUUUCGAGGCCCGUUUUACCGAGAGGGGACCCAUUUUUGAGGGACCAAUGAGCCUAACGCUAACUGUCUGUCAUUUGCCACGACUGCCUCCCCCCUUCCCCCGAUGCAAGAACCGCAUGUGCCACCGACGACGAUGAUGCUACGAACGUGCUCGCGAAAAUCGAGCGAGAAUAAACUUCGGCCAUCGGACGAAUCGUGAACAUUACGCGCGGCGAGGUUGCGAUCGGGUUUCGGGACGAGAUCUCGUGUGCGCGGAAAUAUUUUUCACUUGUCGCUGCCACGGCGAUGCGCGCUGUUAGGACGGUGUGUACAUAUAUUACGGUAUUUUCUAUAUAAGUGUGUGUGCGAUGUGUGUAGUGUUGUUUAUACCCUGCUUGUGUCAGUCGCAAUGGCUGAAAUAACCGCCUAGAAUCGUGAAAUAGUAUUUCUAUACAAUUGAAGGAUGUGCAGUAGGGGUUAUUAUGAUACAUAUUUUAAAUAUAGGAACAAUUGGAUGGAAUCUG